UGGACGCUGUAACGGAGAGGUCGGAGCGGAACCGGGGUGUCUCGCGGUAUCUCUCGGUAUGUCCGGUCUGCUGGUGACUCCGCGGUGGAAAGGGUUUCCCCGUCGCAGCUCUACCAAUCUCUCAUUCUCAGAUGGGGGGGCAGACUCCCAGGAGCCCCCCCCACUGCCGAGCGCCGACGGCGAGCUCCAGAUCGAGGGGGUCAUUGACUGCGGUAAGGAGGUGAUGAGCUGUCGCUUUAACCCUUCAGGGACCCUGCUGGCUGCGGGACUUGUUGAUGGCACCAUAAAGGUAUACUCGGUGUCAGACUGGAGCUGCGUUCACACACUGAAGGACGAUCAGACAGCCGCACAUCAUCUCCCUGUCACCGCUGUCAGAUUUGUCCCCGGCAGACAGGCGUCUCAGGGAGAUCUGCUCCUGGCCACAUACGCCGGCGGGCAGGUGAAGUUCUGGCACGUCUCCACCCAGAGCUGCGUGCGGUCUCUCCAGGAGGACAGACAGACCCUCGCCGUGACCUUCAGCCCGUCGGGGAGUCAUUUCCUAACCGCAGGUUCCAGCGACGAUAUUAACGUCUACGACACGGAGACCGCGGCGCGCAUGAACGUCUGCCAGCCCAGCCCCUCCGUGUCCGUGAUGGACGGCCAUCGCUCGCGGAUCUUCGGCCUGGCUUUCCACCCGUCGGGCGAGGAGGACUUUGUGUCCGGGGGUUGGGACGACACGGUGCAGUUCUGGAACAUCCGUCAGAAGCAUUCGUUACGGAGGAUUUCGGGGCCUCACGUCUGCGGGGACUCGCUGGACAUCGACCCAGAGACCAACGAGAUCCUCGUAGGAUCGUGGAGGAAGCAGGAGAGCCUGGAGAUUUGGGAUUCUCAGACCGGACAGAAACGGCAGACGGUGCCCGAUGACUACAGGGGCCAGUCCAGGGUGUACAGCUGCCGUUGGCUGGGCCCAGAUCACAUGAUGGUGGCAGGAAGUGACAUCAACAUGUGCCGCGUUAUUGACCGCGGCUCGCUGAUGACCCGCGGAUGUCUGAUCGACCUCCCCGCCGGUGUCUAUAGCACGGACGUCUCUUCCUCCGCUCCCCCUCUCCUCGCCGUGACCUCCGGCCACAGCCUUUACCUAUUGCGCUUUCAGCAAUCUAAUGAGCUCCACUGAGAAGACCCC